AUGCGUGAUUGCUUUUUAGUCUCGGCCGCGCCGAUCCCUUGCAGUCUGAGCCUUUCUGAUCUCUCGGUUUCGUUUUCAGAGCGCCGGGGCGGAGAGGGAGGGAGGAUGAUGCUGAGGAGGGUGGUAUCCGACCAGGCCGCGGCGGGGGAUGCGCUCGACGGCGCCGCAGCGGGGAGGCCCCGCGGCCCGGCCUUCUUCGCCGUGCCGCGGCUGCUCGUGGGGCUCGCGGCGGCCAAGCGCGGGACGCCGGACUGCGACUCCACCGCGCGGAGCCCCAAGUCGCCGCUCGAACACAGGACCUUCCCCGCGCUCGGCGGUUCGCUGCUCGGGUCGCCAAGGUCACCCAGGAGCUGGGACUCUCAGCGCGUCGGUCUGGGCGGCCUCGUCGACACCCUCGCCGAGCCCGCCGCCGACGCCAAGAACCGCCUGCUCGGGUUCCAGAUGCGCCCGACGAAGCUGCAAUGCCUCGCCAAAUCCUACACCUCCCUGCCCAAAGACAUGCCGAAAGACUGCGGGCAUGCGCAGCCGGAGCUCCGGGAGGUGGAGGCUGCCGCGGCCACCGCCGGCUCCGGGGGCAUGUCGGUUCCGUGCACUAGGUUCUACGGGGAUGUGAAGUCUGGUCCAGAGGUCGUCGUGUCCAGUGGUGCUCAGCUCGGCUUUAGUAACCACUCCGUCGACCGUGUCAAGUUCCCUGCUUCCGGGUCGCUGCCGGUGUCGAUUGGCGGACCACGCCGGUACAUCGGGUCCGUGUCGGCAAUGGAGGUCGAGCAGUCCGAGGACUACACCUGCAUCAUAGCUCACGGCUCCAAUCCGAAGACCACCCGCAUUUUUGGGGAUUGCAUCUUGGAGCCCUGCCCUGUUCUCAUGCCUGACUGGGAGAGCAAGGAGAUCGAUGUGGACAAGGAAGGAACUGAGUUGUACUGGCUGGUCAAGGGCUCCCCCGACGCCGACGCCGCCGAGGACUCCACGCGCUUCUGCUCGUCUUGCAAGAAGAACCUGAAUGGCAACGAAUCUUCCAUUUACCGCGGUGAGAAUGCAUUUUGUGGUGGCAACUGCAGAAACCAAGCAGUCCUGAAUGAAGAGGAAGAUGAGAACAAUCCUGCAGUCUCCUCUCCCAGCUCAGCUAGUUCGACUUCGCAGUUUGACGACGAUGACAUCUUCAUCGAUGAGGUGGUCGUGCUGACAUGA